AUGAUGGCGGAGACGAUGGCGGAGCCCAAGAGCGAGGAGGCGGCGGCGGCCGCGGCUCUGUCGGAGCUGACGGCGCUGCUCUCCCCGUCCUCCCCCGCCGCUCCCGCCGCGGCCGAAGCCGCUCUGGCCCUUUCCGGCAGCGCCUCGGGCCGGGCGAUGCUGGCGGGACACCCCGAGGCCUUAGCGGCCUUGGCAGCCUCGGCCUCGCGUGGAUCCGCGGCCGCCUUGGGCGCGUUGGUGAACGCGUCCUCCGAGGCCGCGGCGCUGGAGCCGCUCCUGGCCGCGCUCCCUUCUCUGGUGCCGCUUCUGGCGAGCUCCGGAGGGGCCUGCGGGGUGUUGGCCAACCUGUGCCGGGCUCCGGGAGCGGGGCCGGCGGUGCUGAGGGCGCUGGGGCCCGGGGCCGAGGCGCUGCUGCCGGCCCUGAGGGCGGAGCGGCCGCCGGAGGAGCUCGGGGCGCUGCUCUGGAACCUGAGCCGGGAGAGGAUGGGAAGGGAGAUGCUGAUGGAGAGAUCCGGCGGGAACGGGCUCAGGCGCGCGGCGCGACGGCUCCUGGAGCUGCUGAGGGACCCGGAACGGCCGGAGCUGCGGCGAGGAGCGGCCGGAGCCCUGCGGAACUGCUGCUUCCAGCACGAACACCACGAGUGGCUGCUGAGCUCCGAGGUUGACGCGCUCCCGUUCCUGCUGCUGCCGCUCGCCGGGCCCCGGGAAUUGUCUCCGGAAGAGACGGAACUUCCCAAAAUUCCCGAAUUUCCCCAGCUCUCGGCCACCAAACGCGGGCGGUCCCACCUGAGAUCCAACGGUUCCUACCCGGUUCUCCGCGAGCUCCACCAGCAGGAGAAGAACCCCGAGGUCCUCGGCGCCUGCCAGAAGCUCAUUGAGGUGCUGAUCGGGGACGAGCCCGAGGUGGGCAUGGAGAACCUCCUGGAGGUGACAAUUCCAGAGGAGCUGGAGAGGAGGUUCAGGGAGGAGGAUGAGGAGGAGGAAGAGCGGAGGAGGAAGGAACGGGAACGGGAAGAGGAGGAGACGUCGAGGUGACGUCGGAACGGCGCCGGAGGGGACAGUGGGGCCACCAAAAGCCACCAU